CCUGUUUCUACUAUUUAUCAGUUUUAUGUUUCCAUCAUCUUUCGCACCUCUCUUGGAAUGGUGCUGAGCUAGUUCUUCCUUGGAAAUGGCUGAAAAUGACUUGUUGAACGAGUCCAUAGUGGAGGAAGUGAAAAAAUAUGAAGUCCUAUACAACAAAGCACAUCCACAUUAUGGCAAGAGGUCGAUAGCACAACAAACAUGGAACAAAAUUUCCAAUGUGGUAGGAGUCACUGUCCAGGAAUGCAAAUCCUUGUGGGUUGCAUUGAAAAGGGGCUACAUCUCUGAAUAUGAAAAGCUGAGGGAAAAGAAUAAUUUGGAGAAAUACAACUCAAAUUGGAAAUAUUUUGAAGCCAUGUCAUUUCUGAGUGAUCAUAUUGACCCUGAUCGAAAUUCCAUGGAAAACCUGGAACAUCUGCCUGGAAGAGAUGCUUUUUGUCGAGCUUGCAUGGCCAAUCUUAAUGAAGCUCCUGAUGACCCCACUUCUGCCCCAAAUUACAACAUUUUCAGUUCAAAUAUUCAACUGGACAAGAAAAUAAUGCAAUGUACGAAUUUUGAAUGUUCACCCUGGGAUGGGUAUUCCCAUGUCGUUUGCCACCAUUGCUAUGUUAAAAUUCUAGAUUUCUAUGAUUUUCAAUGUGUGUACCGCUCGUCAAUGGAAAAAUUCAAGGUGUUACUUGAAAACGAACUAGAUUUUAAAGACGAGGAUGAUGAGAAAAUUUCCACAAUUUCUUCUGUGGAAUGUGAUAAUAAUUCAUUUCAGAUUAAUGAAGAAAAUAUAUAUCGCGAGGAUGUCCAUGCCGAUAAUAUAUCUGGGACGGCAGAAGAUCCCUUAAAUUCGGAAGAUUUUGCAAACACACAAGAUGUGAAAAAUGAGAAAUCAAGCGAAUCGCCAAAACAAGAAUUUGAAAUCAAAGAAAUUGGUUUAAAAUCCAGGGAAGUACGAAGUACAAAGCUUAGCCCAAGAAGAAGUGGUCGGAAGAGAAAACUGCAUGCUAGCAAAGAGGAAGAUAAUUCUACAUCUGAUAAUGAAAUAAAUUCAAUUGAGGAUUUACAUCACAGAUCAGAUGAUGAUGAUGAACAGUCAAUUUCCAAUUUUUCAUCCCAAUCAGAAGAUGCAGAGGAAGAAGUCACCAAAAAGCCAAUACUUAAAUGUGAAAUUUGUGAGAAACAAUUUCGUUUUCAUCAUCGUCUGGAAGCGCAUCGGCGAAAACAUGAAGGACUGCCAGGCUACCCUUGUACCUUUGAAAACUGUCAACGUGCCUUUAAUCGCUUGGAUCACCUGAGAAGCCAUCUGAACGAACACAAUGGCAUACCAAAUGUUUUUCAAUGCAACAUUGAUGAUUGCCUAAUGGAAUACAAAUGUCUCUCGGGCCUGAACAAGCAUAAACGAAGUGUGCAUAAAUGUGGCAAAGAAUUGAAAAAAUAUCCCUGUGAUAUAUGCGGCAAAGUCUUGACGAACCCGCGAUCCCUGAAUGGCCAUAAGUUUAUACAUGUCGACAAAUCGGAAUGGCCCUUUGUGUGCGAUGUUAAGAAUUGUUUGCGCAAGUUCCGCUUAAUGUCCCAGCUGACAAUACACAAGAAGCGCCAUGCGGGCAUUAAGAAUUACAUAUGUCCAUAUUGUGGGGUACGCAAGACCACCUGCACUGAACUUAAGAUACAUAUUAAUUUCCAUACCUUUGAACAAAAAUAUCCCUGUGAAUAUUGUUCGAAAGUUUUCAAAAGUGUUGGUGUGAUGAGGACACAUGUCCACCGUGUCCACGAGGGAAAGAAACCGGCAAACUAUAAAAUGUUUUCCUGCGACUUUUGUGAUGGAAAAUUUGCUUCAUUGCAAACGAAAAAAUUCCAUGAAAUGACCCACAGAGGUGAAAAGCCCUUCAGUUGUGAAGAGUGUGGCAAAACGUUUACUUAUCCCUCGGGUUUGGCAUCACAUAAAAAUGUCCAUGCCAAGGGUGAAAAUCAGUAUGUAUGUAGGAUAUGUGGUCGUAAAUUUAAAUGGCAAUCUGGUUUGAAAACCCAUUUGAAAUUACACACCGAAGCGGCAAAGCCAUAUUCGUGUAAGGAAUGUGAUAAAAGUUUUCGUUGGCCGGGAUCGUAUUAUAAACACAAGAAAGUUCAUAUGCGCCAGGAAGAAGAGAGCGUGGAACGGGAAAAUAUAAGCCCAACAAAUCACAAUGAUGAUGGACCUGAGCUGGGCCAGGAAAAUGAAACACAGGCACCUGUUGAGUCACCAAAGUAUGAAAUUAUAUAUGCAACCAUUGAUGUGGACACAAAUAAAAUGGGGUAGUUGUUAUUUGGUAAAAAUAGUCUUUUUUAUUGGCUG